AUGCUGCCCAGCGCCUACAUCCACGCGUUGGCAGCCAACGUUCCCGUCGGCGCCGUCACUACCAAGACAGAGCAGCAGCAGAAGCAGCAGCAGCAAGAUGCAGGCGGUGCCCUGCUGAAACUCGCUCUUUCCAAGGUCCAGCUAGCCCCCAGCUCGUCUUCUGAGGGCGGCAGCGGCGGCGCGCUCAUCGCUGCGUUCCGCGAAACGCCCGCAGUUGGCGCAGCCGCAACGUUGCCCACCGAUGAAUUCUCGGGCUCAGACAACGGCAGCGCCUGUGCCGACAGCGAGGACAGUGGGGCCGGCGGCGUUUCGUGCGGAGCUGAGGGUAGCGGCGGCUAUGCGGCCGCGCCGGCUCCCGCGGUUCCCGCCGCCGCGCCCGCCCCCGCGCAUGCGGCCCCCACUGCAGCCGCCACCGUGCAGCCCGCGGCCACCCCUGCUCCUGCAGCGGCGCGGCCGCGCGGGCAGGCCAAGCUGCUGGCAUUGUGCCCGACAGCCCCCCCGUCGAUGCAGCGCGAGACCUGGUGCGUGGCUGACUACGAGGUCCUUGAGAAGCUCUACACUGGCUAUGCAUCCAAGGUGUACAAGGCAAUCUGCAAGCGCUCGCGCGAGGUGGUGGUGCUCAAGAGCUACCAGCUGAGCGCCAUCUGCGAGCUGUACCAGCACCAAAUCUACAGGGAGGUCAGCCUGCACGCCAGCCUCACACACGAGAACGUGGUCACGUUAUACGCUGCAUUCCAGGAGGGCGACUUUGUUGUGAUGGUACAGGAGUAUGCGGACGGCGGCGACCUGUUCAGCCUGCUUCAGAAGUACGGCGGCCGCCUCAGCGAGCGCGUGACCGUGUCGCUGGUGCUGGAGCCUUUCCUGCGCGUGCUGCAGUACUUGCAUACGCGCGGCAUCGUGCACCGCGACAUCAAGCCCGAGAACAUCCUCUUCUCCAGCGGCAUGUGCCUGAAGUUGGCCGAUUUCGGCCUGGCGAUCGACCUGCGGCAGGAGCGCGCGGUCACGCGCGCGGGAACCCUGGACUACAUGGCACCAGAGGUCCUCAACUGCCCCUACAAGAACCGCCCCGAGGAGAACAAGGAGAAGGCGCACCUCCACUACUCCGCCACCGUCGACAGCUGGGCGGUGGGCGUGCUCGCGUACGAGCUGCUCGUCGGCUGCCCGCCUUUCCACGACCACUCGCGCGACAAGGUGGAGGCGCGGAUCCGCGCGGCCGCGCCGGCGUUCCCUCGGUCCAUGACGGACGACUCGAGGGACUUUGUGGCGGGGGCGCUGACCAAGGACCCGAGGGCGCGCCCGACGGUGCUGCAGCUGCUGCAGCACCCCUGGGUGGACACGUUCCGCGCGCGCCGCUCGAUGCGGCAGCUGGCGGCGGCGCCGGCGGGCGCGGCCACGGGCGGCGGCGCCGCGGCCGCGCGGGGCGGGGAGGCGGCGGUUGCAGGCGCAGGCACGGGGGCGGGCGCAGUCGCGGCGCAGGCAGCGCCGCCUGGCGGCGCAUGCGUGCCGGUGUCGUCGUCACUGAAGCCGGCGCCGACCGCCAAGUACAUAUGCAGCAUGACGCCCUCUGCUCUGCAGGCCAUAGAGGCCGGCAUUUCCGCCAGCCGCGACGCUGCUGCUGCUGGAUCAGCAGCUGCAGUCGCGACUGCGACUGCAAAGCAGCAGCAGCAGCAGCAGCAGCAGCAGCAGCAGCAGGUCAAAGUUGCAGCUGCUCUUCAGGGGGAGAGGGUGCAGGCGUCCGCCCACAGCUCACCCCUGAUGGUGGCCGGCAACAUCCGCAGCCUCGAGCUGCACGGAGUGGGUGCAGCUUUGCCGCAGCCCGCUGCGGCGAGCGUCGACGGCGCCCACACGUCUGUGGGGCCGGUGUCGGUGGCGGGCGAGCGGCAGCGCGCCAAGUGGCUGCAGAACAUCCGGCUGUGGCCAAACGCCAAGUGA